AUGCUUCCAACUAUCACUACUACUAAUUCUUCUCCUUUGUUUCAACCUCAUCAGCAUGUUCCUUCUCAUUUUAAUGCUCUUAUUUAUGCUCUUGAACGAGAUCAAGCUCAUCAAAGAAGGGGGAGUAUCGAGCAAAAUCAACAACAACCUCUUUUGAGUGUUAAGGUUGAGCUUGAUCAGCUUAUUCUUAGUAUUCUUGAUGACCCUUCUGUGAGUAGGGUUAUGAGAGAAGCUGUUUUUCAAAGUGUUUCUGUUAAAAAUAACUUAACAGAAAGAAGCUCUUUAAACUCUAAGCUUUCUGUUUUUCAUUCUUCUUCUUCACCUUCUCUUAGUCAUAAUAACCAUUUCUCGAGUUCUUAUGGUUAUGGUUACGAUUAUGGUUAUGGUUCAGUUCUUUUUUCUCCUCAGAAGAAACCACAAGUGUUUAACAAUAAUAAUGGUAAUAAUCCUAGAGAUGAUGUUAAUGUUAACCUUGUUUUUGAUGUUCUUUUGAGGAAGAAGAAGAGAAACAUUGUGAUAAUCGGUGAUACCGUUGCGUUAACCGAAGGACUAAUUGGUGAGUUGAUGGAAAGAUUUUAG